UACUUUAGUUUGUGCAUAUAUAGAGAGGGAAAUCACAGCCAUUCUCUCCAAUUCAAUCUCUUUAUCUCAAAGAUAAUAAACAAUGGCACCACAUUGUAGUGCUGCAAUUUCUUCUUCUAUGCUUUCCAUUAUUAUUCUUAUUUCCAUUUUGGUCCAAUCACCAGCCCAAGCCACUGAUAAAAAGCCUUAUAUUGUGUACAUGGGAACACAUUCUCAUGGUCGGAACCCUUCCUCAGCUGAUCUUGAAAUGGCCACAACUUCUCAUUACAAUUUUCUUGGAUCAUACUUGGGAAGUGAGAAAGCGAAAGAUGCCAUCUUUUAUUCCUAUAAUAAACAUAUUAAUGGCUUUGCUGCACUUCUUAAUGAGGCAGAAGUUGCAGAGAUUCAAAAGCAUCCAAAUGUAAUAUCAGUUUUUUUGAGCAAAGGAGGGAAAUUGCACACAACUCAUUCAUGGGAAUUUCUUGGAUUGGAAAGAAAAGGUGGUGUUGUUCCUUCUCAAUCUAUUUGGACGAAAGCAAGCUUUGGUGAAGAUAUCAUUAUUGGAAACCUGGACACUGGUGUUUGGUCUGAAUCCAAGAGUUUUGCUGAAUACGAAGGAAUUGGACCUAUUCCAUCAAGGUGGCGUGGAAGUUGUCAACCAGUUAUUAACGAUACAUUCAAGUGUAAUAGGAAGCUAAUAGGCGCUAAGUACUUCAACAAAGGCUACUUUGCGUAUCUAAAGACUCUCAACGCUUCUUCCACUCCAUCCUCUGUACACAAGGCAAACUUUUUCACCAGUCGAGAUGUUCGAGGCCAUGGGACUCAUACUCUUUCCACAGCAGGAGGUAGCUUUGUCAUUGGAGCAAAUAUGUUUGGCAAUGGGAAUGGCACGGCAAAGGGUGGAUCUCCCAAAGCCCGUGUGGCCGCUUACAAGAUCGGUGGUUGGCUUCCAGCUAAUGAUGGUCGUGAUUAUGUUGAUGCCGAUGUUAUGGCUGGCUUUGAUGCUGCAAUUAGUGAUGGUGUCGACAUACUUUCAGUCUCUAUCGGUCCUGAUGAACCAACAGAAUACUUUCAAGACGCGGUUUCCAUAGGGAGUUUCCAUGCUGUUAUGAAUAACAUUGUUGUGGUUGCUUCAGCUGGCAAUGAUGGACCUGAUCCAGGGACUGUAACUGAUUCGUCACCAUGGAUGGUAACCGUAGCAGCAAGCACACUCGACCGUGAGUUCAAUAGUUAUGUAUCUCUAGGCAACAAAAAGCACCUUAAGGGAGCAAGUCUUUCUUCAAGUGGCUUGCCAUCUCAGAAGUUUUAUCCAUUGACCUAUGGUGGAUAUUGCAAGCCUAAAAGCCUUGAUCCAAAGCAGAUUAAGGGGACAAUUUUGGUUUGUGUUGUUGGGGAUGAGACUUCGACACUCGAAAAGGGCAACCAAGCUUCUCUUGCGGGUGCCGUUGGAAUGAUUCUGGUGAAUUUAGCUGAGGAUGAAAUCUUUCCCGAGGCUCAUGUGCUACCUGCUUCUCAUCUCAAUGUCACAGAAAGCAAUCUCAUAUUUGAAUAUUUCAACACUACUAAGACUCCCAUGGCUUACAUAACUCAACCAAAGACUGAAGUAGGAGUAAAGCCAGCCCCAGCUAUGGCUUUUUUCUCAUCAAGAGGACCUGAUGUCAUUCAGCCAGCUUUACUCAAUCCGGAUAUCACAGCACCAGGAGAUAAUAUCAUUGCUGCAUACAGUGAAUCUGUUGCACCAACUAUGGAAGCAUUUGAUAGGCGUCGGGUCCAAUUCAAGGCAGACUCAGGAACUUCAAUGUCAUGCCCUCAUGUUUCUGGGAUUAUUGGCCUUCUCAAAGUCCUUCAUCCAGAUUGGAGUCCGGCUGCACUUCAUUCAGCUAUAACGACUACAGCAAGAGUUCAAGAUAACAACAAUGAGCCAAUGUUGGACUAUAACAUGAAAAAAGCAACACCAUUUGAAUAUGGUUCAGGCCACAUCCAACCAAACCGAGCUAUGGACCCUGGACUUGUCUAUGACAGAACUAUUGAUGAUUAUUUGAACUUUUUAUGUGCUCAUGGCUACAACGAAACAUUGGUUAAACUUUUCUAUAACAAACCAUAUAAAUGUUCCAAAUCGUUCACUCUUGCCAACUUCAACUACCCUUCCAUUACAAUUACUGAUUUAAGUUCACAAUCAGUGACAAUCACUAGAAAAGUUAAGACUGUUGGCCCACCAGGUACCUACAAAGCAUAUGUGAGAGCCCCAGUUGGAGUUCUUGUAUAUGUUAAGCCCACAAGCUUAAAAUUUAGCAAAGUUGGUGAAGAAAAGAAAUUUGAGAUUAUUUUGAAGCCAAAAGUUGUUGGGAAGCCCAAAGACUAUGUGUUUGGACAAUUGAAAUGGUCUGAUGGAAAACGCAAUGUUAGGAGUCCCAUAGUAGUCAAAUACUAGAAGACAUGAGAAAUACAGUAGCAUGGCAGAAGAGUAUGUACAAUAUAUAUAUAUAUAUAUAUAUUCAAGGCCUUCAUCCAAAAAGUACAUGUAUUUUCUGUCAUAAUAUAAUUGUGGGUUUAUAU